AUGACAGGAUUGUUUGCGAACAACUUGUGGUUCAAUGAAGACAUUCGAGCGUGGAACACCUCUGCGGUGGUCGACAUGGCACAUAUGUUCUCAGGUGCCAGGGCCUUCAACCAGCCACUCGGUUCCUGGGACACUUCUGCAGUGACCACCAUGCAGAGCAGCGGCUAUCAAAAAGAGAGCGCCUCCCGGCCAAUUACUUCUUGUAGUUUGCCACGGCAGUCGCGGGCCUUAGCAGGUGCGAAGCUCUCUCAGUUUCAAUGCAGCAUGGCAUGCGUUUGUCGUGCUGACGCUGCGUCUAUGGAUGUGACCAAACCAGAGUUGCGAUGCCUCCUUGCGGGCGGACACAGCCGUGACCUUGGGAAACCAGUUGCGGUCAGGGAAGUCAGAUACAGCAAGCCCCAGAGUGGAGCGAAAGCUUCAAAUCAUGGUGCCAAUCGCUGGGGAAAACAGACCAACCCCAACCGAGGCUGCAGCCAUCAAGAUAUCACUGGUUUUGUGCCCAGCGAAUGGAAUGCCCAACCAAAGUUCCUAUCCGUGCAUGAGAUCAUUUCUCAGAUAAAAGCAGGAAUAGCCUUGCAAGCCAACAUCACCGAAGUUUACACCAAAGAACAGUGUGCGAACCUGCGCACCCUUUGGCAUAGCUAUGGGUGCAAGGGCUCUUUGACCAUGCUGCUCACCAAGGAUGCCAAAGACACCCUGGGGGCCACGGUCCAUCAACAAGACUUGCUCACAGGCUGGCUGAUUUUGCCAACAGAACAGGCUAAGGGCCAAGCGGCCAACUACCUCCUCCGAGGGGCUCCAAAGAUGUGGCAGACUGAAGAGAUCGAAGAUUUUCUCAAUCAACAGAAAUGGAAAGCCGUGCAACGCAUUUCCAAAGUGAGAUAUCGAAACGAAUGGCGUUUUCAUGCCCAGCCACCUUCAGCUAUGCAGGAAAAUUACCAUUACGAUUUGGCAGAAGGCUACAUGUCAUGCAUCCCAGCUCCUGUCAGACAACACCAGCCAACCUGGCAACAACCUGUCAGAAACACAUGGCGAGGAAAUGAGCUGGGGAAAAUUGGAAAUGAAGCCAACAAUCCUGGCGAUACCGGUGACGUCAUGGCAACUGCUCUGGAUCAGGACUCCAGUCAAGCUUCACAAAAAGAGGCUGGUAGGGAAAGAAGUCGGAGCCCAGUUCGCUCCAAGCAGCGGCAGGCUGUUGCAGAUGACCCAGAUUUGAUCCCAACAGACAUCGCGGAAUGUUUCAAAAAUGGCUGGGAAAGUCAAGAUGUUGGUGGCAAUGGAGAUUGUUUUUAUCGAAGUAUUGCUGCUUGUCAACACUGGCAAAAGCAUCAUAAGUUGAUCACUGCUGAAACUGCUGCCCUCUGCAGGGCAGAGCUUCGUGCGUCAGCUGUUUUGCACGCCCAGAAGCAUAGUAGCAGGCUCUCUAGCUGGUUUGCGCCAGAUUCCAAAGAAACCCCCGCUGAAAGGGGGUGCAAUCCGCAGGCAACGAACAUCAGUGAAUGGUGUGAACUGCAGAUGAAACAGGAAGUCUGGGCAGAUGGCCUUAGCAUCCAGUGCCUGGCUGAGACCUUGGGACUUGUCAUUGUGAUUUUCAAACAAUCAGAGGAUAGAUGGGACAGAUUCACAUUCGCACCUGGCUUUAAGCAGGAUGUUGCAAUGAGCAGACGCAAUGGACUCAUGAUGUCCAUUCGCAGUCUUGCAUGUCGCAUGCUCCUGACCGGAGACACAACGCUUCGAAGAGGACGACAUUCUGAGCCACUUGUGCAAGCUAGGGAUACUGCUCGUGCCAAACGAAACACCAGAGAUCGCCUAGGGCCCAAGUUCAAAGCCAUCGCCAGCAUCCAAGCAAAACAGGCCAUUUUGGCCAAAGCCAACAAGCAAGCCGCAGCGGCAAAGCUGUGCACGGUCAAAGAGCAGAGAGCACAAAGGGCGGAAGCAAACAGAUUGCAGAGACAAGAUAGAGAGCGAGUCAGCCGCAUCAGCUCCGAGCCAGGGCAGCUGAUCCACGCUGUGCUGCACGGGGGGCAACGGGACAUCAACGUCCUCUGUAUUUACCGGCACCACAGUGAUGCCGAUUUUGCCAUUUUGCAUGAAGCUGCGCUGAUUGUUAGCCGCCUAGGUGUUCUGUUGCUCGACAUGACCGGAGUGUUCACCCAAUUGAUGCAAUUUGGUCUUCGGGAGGGCUUCAAGCCUCCAGUGCCUCCGAAAUUCCAGGUGAUGGAGACCACACCAUCGCACAGAGAUGACUUCCCUGAUCCAUUACCCACACCUAAUCUUCCGCCCAUCACAGGAGAGGACACGCUCAGGGCAGCUCGCCAAAUGCACAGAAAAGCAGCUGGCUUGGAUGGAAUUUGCCCUUCCUGGUUAGCAUUGCUGCCGUGCGAGGCACAUAGGCGGCUUGCAGAGAUGAUGGAUGCCUUUGAGCAACAGGGGGCGUGGCCGGAAGCCACUUGUUACUGGAAGAUCGCAGCCCUGCCAAAGAAAAGGCAUGGCACUUUGCCUUCAUUGGGUGAAGUCAGACCAAUCGCAAUCGGCUCAGCCAUCUAUCGUAUUUGGGGCAGAAUCAGAUUGGGCCAUCUGGCUCCCAUUCUAGCUCAAUAUCUGGAUCGGAACCAGUCGGGGGGCAUCGGCGGAGAGGACGUCUCCUCCCUUCUAUUGACUUUGGACAUCGAUCUUGAUCCCACAAAAUUUCCGUGCCUCAUGGCACUAGAUUUUACCAAGGCAUUUGACUCUUGCGAUUACACUUUGGCUCUGGCCGUCAUGUCCCGGCUUGGCCUUCCUGCCCGUGUGGUCAAUCUUUUGGGAGCACAAUGGCGGCGACAGAAACGUUGGAUGUCUUUUGCAGGGGUGUGUGCGCGGCUCCCUAUCCAAAAUUGUUUGGCAUUACCCCAAGGAGAUCCCUGGUCUCCCAUAGCAAUGUCACUGGUUCUCAUGCUUGCGAAGCGGCACCAAGAGAGGUUGGUUCCGGAGUCCAGAUGCUUGCUGUACCUCGAUGAUCGCACGCUUGUUGCUCCCACUCCCGGCAUCCUGGCCGCAGCUCUUAAUGCUUGGAAUGUGCUCCAUGCCCACACUCGACUCCGCACUAAUUCCAGCAAAACCCAAGUGCUGGGGCGAAAUUGGAAGGGGUAUCUGGCGUUGCAGGCGGCUAAUCUGUCGCCGACUGCCACGGCUGAAGUGCUGGGUGUCACCAUUGGCAUCGCGCCCAGAGCUCAAUCCAAUGCUGAACUGUCCCGUGCCAAAAAAUGCACAACGAUUGCACAGCGUAUUAGUGUUUUGCCGGUAUCCCAAAACUUCCGGGCCGGCCUCGCGGCCCUUACUCUUGCUUCCAAGAGGGUCAAAGGGUGGCUGGCAUCUGACCGCAAUGAUGCCAAGCUGGCCCGGGCAAACAAUUUGGCUAUUUCUGAUAACCUAAUCACUAAGCUUCACCGGGCGGCCACAGAUCUGUCCGCGCAUGAGAUUGGUAUCAUGUCCGGUGCUUUGAAAACGGACGCGAAAGCGUCGUCACCACCUAUGUUUUGCCAUGAAUGUAAGAAACAUCAGUGUCCUGACACUUUCCAUGUGCUUUGGCAGUGUAGCCACUGGGACCACCUGAGACGUGUCCCUCCCAGCAGAUGUCCUUUGGUUAACAGAUUAGGCUGGGGUCCUGAAGGGGUCGACCUUGUUCGUGUGAAACAAUGCGCGCAUAUCCGGGAGCAAUUGUGCAAAGUCCAAGCCGGACGCAACUACUCCCGUCCCGAGCCUUUGGACAUGGGCCAGAACAAUUUGGAUCCUCACAUUGCUCGUGGGGAGGGCGAAUGCCCUGAAGGUUCAACUCCUUCCGCAGACCGAACCACGUGUGAAGAUUGUCCGAUGAUGCACUACUCUGUCAGUGGCAUGGACGAGUGCGUGCCCUGCAACUUGCCGUUGGCUUUGGUGGACAACCGCUGCGUUUGGUGGCACUUGCCGCUCUUGGCGCUUGGCUUAGGAGCCUUGGGAGUUUGUGGUGGCUUGGUCUUUUCAUGGAAUCGCUCCAGAAAAGCCAAGAAGAUCGAACGAAUCCUGGAGGAAGUCUACAUGGUGGAGUUCAUCAUGCCAAGGGAUGCGUCAGAUCUUAUGCAGCGGCAGAUCGCACAGGGCUCCGACGGCAUUGAUGAGGUGAUCAAAUCUCUCAGCCAGGUCAACUCUGAAGAAGCCAAAGCCUGGAAGAUGGAGGAUGAGAUCAGAGUGAAAUCCUUGAUACAGGAUAGUGUUGGCUUCAAGCAUGUGGAUGUGCACGUGACGAAUGUUAUGAUCACAUGGAUUGGAAGUGUCCUGGAACAAACAUGCCGAGAGCUGGUGACCAGCGAAGCAGGCGGAUUUCUCUGUGAUGGUUAUAAGGAGUACCCUCCUGGCCUUUGUGAAGCGCUGGCACGUUCGGCUUUCCAGAGCAUUCGCCUUCGCAUCCAGCGAUCAGGGGUCAAAUCUGUACAGUGGCAAGACUUUGAUGCCACCGCCCAUUCGUGGGCCCAGGCGCUGGCAUGUCAAAGCACCAUUUCUUUUUCAUCCUCAUUCCUUCCGGACUACCAACCCCAACUGUAA